GUUUUUUCAACAUUCUUCUAAUGAUACUCAAACAUUACUCAGUCAAGAUCAACAAUCUCAUCCAAAAUGACAAAGUCCAUUAUCAAAUCAUCGUGACCAAUGUGAACAAUCCCGCAGAUACCAAAACAACAAUGAACAGAUAUUCGGAACUCAAGGACUUUCAUGAACAAUUAAUUAAGAACAUCAAUCUACUCAAACUCUAAUUAUAAUUGCCUGAAUUCCCAAAGAGAUCACUCUUCUCCAAAACCAAUAAGAAUCAAGAAAAGAUUAUUCAAAGACAACAAGAAUUAGAACUUUAUUUCAAUCAGCUUUUCAGCAUUGACAAAAUUUUGAGUUUGCCUCCCGUCCAAUCCUAUUUGCCCAUCGAAACCCCUUUAAAUUAACAGUAACUAUACAGAAUCUAAUCAUAGAAUGAAAAUCACUGUGUCCAUUGAGAGCUAUACGGUUUAUGAUGAUGUCGUAAUCUACUCGAUGAGAUUUAAAAACAAGAUCACAAAAGAGGAAUGGAUCUACAAGUAGAGAUACUCAGAAAUCAAGAAUAUUCACGAUGCUUUGCUUGAGCAAGGAUACAAAGGUAAAUUACCUCCCUUCCCUACUCGUAAGCUUUUUGGCUAAACCAACGAAAAUCCAGGUAUGUAACCUAUUUUUAACUUCUCCUAGAGACAAUCGAAAAAAGAAGAGAAGAUCUUGAAGUCUACCUCAAUGCUAUUUUUAGCACUCAAGAAAUAUACGACAAUGAGAUCAUCCAAUUUUUGAUAUCGGAUUCUAAAAAAUAUUUUGAAACCAAUAAAAAAUAGGAAGAGUAGAAAAAGGCAUAAGCCUGAAUGUUUCAUGAUUCAAUUUUACUAAUACA